CUCUUCCUCUAACACUCAGAGGAUGUGUGUGGAUGUCUGUGUUGCCACACUGUGUAGCGUCUUUUGGUACAUUGAAGAGACAACAUACUCACUCAGAACAGCUUUUCUAUAAAGAAAAUUUAGAAGACAGGAUCAUUCAAAGUUUUUCAGUGGAGUCUUACAUUCAGAGAAUUGAUGGGGACAGUUUACGAUGACAUCAGAAGGCUUCUCCAAGAUUGUGAGCUGUUUGUCUCAAGUAUUUUGGAGGAUGAGAAGCUCAGUACAGAUGCUGAAGAAGCAAGACAAAUACUACUAAACAACUUUCUAGUUGUCCACAACAGAAAUCCACAGGAAUUUCCAUACAGAUCUGAUGUUAGAAAUGAGGACCGUCCAGAUGACAACCACAAUAGCCAGGGACGCUCUGCCCCUUCUGACGAUCUGUCUAUGGCAUCAGACUUUCAGGAGGACACUGGGCCUGAAUAUAUUGGAGAUAUUCCAACAGUGGCAGCACAAGAUUUGAGUAAUAUUCUGAAACAGGGCUAUCUGGAGAAAAAAAGACGUGAUCAUAGCUUCUUCAGCAUGGAGUGGCAGAAAAAGUGGUGUGUCCUAAACAAUACCAUAUUCUACUACUUUGGAAGUGAAAAAGACAAACAGCAGAAAGGAUCUUUUUAUAUCAAUGGCUAUAGUGCAGAGAUGGUGCCCAACUUGCGUAAAGACUCCAAGAGAAACUGUUGCUUUGAGAUGAAUGCUCCUGGAAAACGUUCUUACCAGUUCACUGCCAGCAGUCCCAGUGAGGCCAGAGAAUGGGUGGACCAAAUCAAUUUUGUCUUAAAGGACCUGAGCUCCAGCUUCAUCCCCUUUGAUGAUGAUGAGGAAGAGGAAGAGGAGGAUGAAGAGGAAGCAUAUGAUGAUAUAGAAAGAGCAGCAACUCCACCACCACAUCCUGGGCAGGUCUCUACAGCUGCCCCCACUUCAGCACCACCACCUGGUGGCCAGGAGGUGAAGAAGGACAGAAUAGGGGCAGCCAGAGAGGAAGAGGAUGAGGAGGAAGAGGACAUCUAUGAAGUGCUGCCAGAGGAUGAGCUCUCUGACCAGUCUGAUGAGAGCACCAUGAAGAGCCAAAGAGGAGAUUCAUCAUCAAAUUAUGCCAAUUACUAUCAAGGCCUGUGGGACUGUGAGGCAGACAAGCCAGAUGAGCUCUCGUUUUAUAGAGGAGACCUCAUCUACAUUCUGAGCAAGGAGUACAACAUCUAUGGCUGGUGGGUUGGUGAGCUGAAUGGUGAUAUUGGCAUUGUACCCAAAGACUUCUUGCACCCUGCGUACAUUAUUUAAGCUGUUAAAGUAGGUACAGCCCCAGUUCUUAGGCAUGAACCCUGAACAAUCUUCAAGCCUCACCAAAAUCACCACAGAUGCAUCACCGACAUACUACAACUCACUGAACAGAAGAUGAUAUUUUACACACAAGAUUGUUGUUUUAUAAGCAAUAAACAACACAUCGUGUAGAUAAUCGGAAACUUUUAAAUUAGUGUGCAGUGAAUAUCAUGGCCAACAUUCUCCCAACACUGACAUCUUUUAACAACAGAAAAUUAAAUAACAGCAGGGAUUAAUGCUGAAUGUUUGUGUCUGCUUUAAAAAACUGUUGUGGUCAGAGAGAACUAUGUAAAAGUGCCUCAAUUAAUUUAACUUAUAAACUCCUGUUGUAGGAUGUAUUAACCUGAGAAUUUAUCAUUAUAUACAGUAUAUAAUUUCUCAUCCAGUAUACCUGCUCAGUGAAAAAAAGGAUGUGGUCUUCUGUUGCUUAUAGCUCAUCCGCUCCAACAUUUGACAUGUUCUUCAUUCUGAGAUGCUUUUCUGCUCAUCAUGGUUGUAAAAAGUGGUUAUUUGAGUUACUGUAUCCUUCCUGCUGCUCGCUGGAUGUUUUUCAUACCAUUGUGCGUGAAAACCCCAAACGAUUAACAGUUUCUGAAAUGCUCAUAUCAGCCCAUCUGGCACUAUUAACCAUGCCAAGGUCAAAGUCAUUGAGAUCACAUUUGUUUCCAUCAGAAUGAAUGCAUGAAGCUCUUGACCUGUAUCUGCAUGAUGUUUUGGUUUGUACUACCACCACAUGAAAAUUACAUGAAUGAGGUGUGCAUGUGUUCCUAAUAAAGUGGUCAGUGAGUGUAUAUCUAUCUAUCUCUUGAUAAACAGAGAUAGAUAGUUAUCUAUAUCUAUGUACAUAGUAAUUUAUAUAGAUAAUGCUAUCAAAGAGUCCAACCUAAUGUUGGCAGUAUAUAUGCCAUCUACUGGGCACAAACUGAAUUGCUCCAGCCUGCUCUGUGCAACAGACUAUGACUGCAUAUAGAAUAUUUUUUGGAAUGUUUUUCUCCAACCAACCUGUUGCAAUAUUUUUUGCAAACUUUAAUAAUUAAUUCAUUCAUCUUCAGUUGAAUAACACUGGUCUUCUUAAUUUAAAACAAACAAGAACAAAUCUUCAUAAUAUGGGUCUAGCUGUUGAUAUUUCUCACUUACGUUGGGAACUGGGGACUGAAAUCAUUAAUUAACACACUGAAGAAAAAAAAAAGACAUUUUAUUCAGCAAAACACAUCUCUUAAAACUGGACAAAAAUAAGAGGCA